CUCUCAGCUAGCACCGGAGAAAGAACGACUCUGGACCAAACCAUGCUGUCUACAAUGGAGACCUUUGAACUUAAUGAUCCAAAGCCCAAGAAGAGAAAUGGGAUAAACUGCUUCAUGGUUCUGCUGGUCACCUACCUGAUUCUGCUCACCGCAGGUGCUGGGCUGCUGGUGGUGCAAGUUCUGAAUCUGCAGAAGCGGCUCCGGGCCCUGGAGAUGCCUUACAACAAUCAAACGCUGGCCUCCGAGCAUUUCCUGCAGGCCCAGCUCGCCCGCGUCCGCACCAGGCAGGAGCACCUACUACGACGUGUGGACAACUUUACUCGGAUCCCAGGCCCCCCAGGACCCCGAGGCCCGCCAGGAAUCAAGGGAGAGGCAGGAAGAAAGGGGGACGUGGGCAUGAAAGGAGACAUGGGGGUCAUGGGACCCCCUGGAGCCCCGGGGUAUAAAGGUGACUCAGGGAUGCCCGGUUCCCCAGGUAUGGCUGGAAUUCCUGGACUCAAAGGAGAUCAAGGACAACCUGGAGCGAAGGGUCUUCCAGGCUUUCCAGGAGCUGUGGGAUCCCCGGGUGCCAAGGGUGAGCCUGGCAGCGCUGGUCCCACUGGGCCAAUAGGACCAUCAGGGAGGCCCGGGAGUCCAGGAGCCGAAGGUGUGAAAGGAAGCAAGGGGGACACAGGACUUCAAGGACAGAAAGGAACAAAAGGAGAAUCAGGAGUUCCAGGCCCUGCAGGCCUGAAGGGAGAGAGGGGAAGCCCAGGCCUGGUGGGCCUCAAAGGGGCACCUGGACCAGACGGCCGAAAGGGAGAGCCCGGAGCGAAAGGAUCUUCUGGGCCGCAAGGAGCAAAGGGAGAAAAAGGUCAAAAAGGCGAAUCCAUGGUAUCCGUCCGGAUUGCUGGCUCUAGGAACCGAGGCCGGGCUGAAAUUUACUAUAAUGGUGCCUGGGGGACAAUUUGCGAUGACGACUGGGACAAUUCAGAUGCCACUGUCUUCUGCCGCAUGCUGGGUUACUCUUCGGGAACUGCCGUUUUCAAUGUGGGAGGUGGCACUGGGACCAUCUGGCUGGACAACGUUUCGUGUCAAGGGUCGGAAUCGACCCUGUGGAGCUGCAGCAAGAACAACUGGGGCUCUCACAACUGCAAUCACAGUGAGGACGCGGGUGUGGACUGCAGCUGACCCCGCCCA